CUCGCCUCCUCGACUUCCUCCUCCUGUGGUCGUCCACGGCUCUGAUUGGCUGCCCCUUUUACUGGGCUUGAGUAGCACCGCUCGCCACUUCGGGACUUCGUGGCGCAGAGAGAAAGCGCAACCUGGACACCCUGCCGAGCAGGAUCAGCGAUCUUGAGCCGGGAAGGGCUGGUGAUGCGGGAGGCCAUCUGCAGAUAGGGGCGGACUGGCUCUUAAAAAGACAUUGCGUGGCUGCAGGCACUGCUCGUGUCGUAUCGUGGGGGUGGAAGACACGCAAGACCGGUGGAGGCUGAGCUAAGAGGUCAGCGCGAUUCCAGUCGGCCAUGAUGUCAGUACAAACCCCUCCCCUCUCCCGCUCUGGCUCCUCGCCCUCCAAUGUGGGUCUGGCCAACCGCAGCGGCCCAUCCGCCACACCUCCCACCUCGCUCAGCCUGCGCUCCUCUUACAACCAGCUGCUCGGACGUGACGUCAUCAAGGAGUCCGCUGGCUCAGAAGGUGGAGGUUCGGCCACCUUGCCCAAGAGCCACCAGCGAUACUCAAUGACAAGCAUGCGUAGUGUGGUGGGCACAAGUGAUAACUUGUCAUCUAAGAAUCAAACUGCUAGCAGGGGCAGGGGCCUUCCCACUAAGUCCUCAUCCAGUUCUGCCCUAUACUCCUCUUCCUCCUCCUCAUCACUCUUCAAUACAGCUAACCCUAAACUAGCCAAGAAUGGGGCCAACAUGCAGAGACGUGCUGAGAGUCAGCAGCUGGAGCUGAGCAGAGCAAAUACAGAGGGCAAAAUUCACAAUGUACCCACAGACAACAUCAACUCUAACUGGGCCGAGUUUGAGAAAGACAACUCCCAGCCGCCCCCCUUCCGAAGACGGACAAAAAGCUUCUUGGAGUACCACGACAAGGUUUGGGACCUGAGCUGGGGAAACAAGGAGAACGACAAGCAGCUGUCUUUGCCGGAGAAAGAGCAGGUCAGCCCAGUCAAAGAGAGAGACAGUCAGAAGGAAGAGAAGCCCAGCGGCAAAGGCUCCUGUCAGGAGGACAAAGAAGAGGCGGUGCCACUAGUAGAGGAAGAGGAUGAAGAGGAGGACGACAAAUCACCAACUGCAAGACAGCCUCUCUUACCGGUAGUGGUGGAAGUACCGCUUUGCUCUUCCUCUUCUUCAUCCACUAAUAGCCCAGAGUGGGUACCGGAAAUCCACCAGGCUGCAGCCCACAUCAGAGAGGAGCACUGCAUCCAGGUUCAGGGAAGUCCGAGAAGUCCCGCAAAGCCUCAGAGGAGCUCCCAGCCCAGGGUGAUCAAAGUAGAACUACACCCCAACAAUGAAAACCAGUUCCUGCAACAGUACCCACCAUCCUCCCCGAAGCAGCCCAGGUCCAGUGAGAGGAACACCCCGACAAGGAACCGGGCGGCCCUUAUCCUGCCCGAUCCCCAACCAGAGCUUGGGCUCCCCAAAGUGAGUUUAAGAAUGGAUCUGACACCCGAAACUCCGUCGGAGGAUGAAGACUCCAGCUGGACCACUCUGUCCCAGGAGUCACCCUCUCCUCAAAGUCCACAGGAGACAGCAGAUGUUUGGGGCGAGGGGGAUCUGCCCCCAGGCUGGCAGGAGAUCUCAGAUUCGGCGGAGGUAUAUUUCUGGCAUGUCCCCACCGGCACCACUCAGUACCACCGACCUGUUGCCUCAAAUGAGACUGAGAACAAACCACGACAGGAGACGCAGGACUCGCUACAGCCACCCAAUGAGCGCCCCAGCAGUCUCAUCUCAGACAGUUCAGUGGAGCCGGUCCCCUCCCCUUCUGGCUCCUCCCCAACCUCCCUCACCUCCACCCUCUCCAAUGAUGUCAUCCCUUCUGCACAGAAUCUCAAAAGCACCACCUGCACAGUCAAUGAUCUGAAGGACUAUCCAAUCUAUCCUGACCCCAGUCUGAAGGCAUUUGAAGGGGCCACCCUCCGCUAUGCUUCCCUCAAACUCAACCCUCCAGCUCCACUGGAAACGGUGGACCUCGACAAUACUUUCCCGGAUCCAGAAGCAAUGUCAUUUCCAGUCCGGUCCCUGGGCUGGGUGGAGAUGGCAGAACAGGACUUGUGUGAGGGGAGGAGCAGCGUGGCCGUCCAUCACUGCAUAAGACAACUGUCUUACUGCAGAAGGGAUAUCCGAGACUCAGCCGGCGUCUGGGGAGAGGGUAAAGGAAUGCUGCUGGUGCUUCAAGACCGCAUGUUGACUCUGGUUGACCCAGAUGAUCAAAGCCUUCUGCACUCUCAGCCAAUCAGCAGCAUCCGUGUAUGGGGAGUCGGCCGUGACCAUGACAGAGAAAGGGACUUUGCCUAUGUGGCAAGGGACAAGAACACGCGAGUGCUCAAGUGUCACGUGUUUCGAUGUGAUACGCCCGCCGCAGCCAUCGCCACAAGUCUUCACGAAAUCUGCUCCAAGAUUAUGGCUGAAAGGAAAAGUGCCAAGGCUGCAGCUGGCAGUUCCUCCCAGACUGGCUCUGAUGUGCCCCUACAAGAAUUUCCUAUGCCAAAGACUGAGCUGGUACAGAAGUUCCACGUCUUCUAUCUGGGUGUGACGUCAGUGAAUCGACCCAUAGGUAUGGACAUCAUAAAUGGAGCCAUUGACAGUCUGGUGUCCUCCACAGGCAAGGAGGACUGGACACCUGUCAUUCUGAGCAUUGCUGACACCACUCUGGCUGUUAUCAAAGAAAAGGAGGAGGAAGAAGAGGCAUUGGUGGAGUGUCGGGUCCGUUUCUUAUCCUUCAUGGGAGUCGGGCGGGACGUCCACACAUUUGCCUUCAUCAUGGACACGGGAAACCAACACUUCCAAUGCCAUGUGUUCUGGUGUGACCCCAAUGCUGGAUGUGUGUCUGAAGCAGUGCAGGCAGCAUGUGUGUUGCGGUAUCAGAAGUGUCUGGUGGCGCGGCCGCCCUCGCAGCGGGCCGGCUGCUCGUCCUCACCCGCCGCCGACUCUGUGAGCCGCCGAGUAAGCACCAGCGUGAAGCGCAGUGUCCAGUCUCUCAUAGACACUCUAAAAGCCAAGAAACCGCCAUCAGAACUCCCUCAGCAAUGACCCUCACCAGUGAGCACGGCACCUCCCCACAACCAAACAAUGCACAGCUUCACAGCCAUGGUAACCAGUGAUGUACAUAUAUGUUAGUGACCACCACACUGGUCAACACCAAAAAAAAGAAAGAAAACGAUGAGAAAACGAUGGUCAAGUGUGCCAGAUGAUAAAAAGUGUUUUUAAUUGAAAAGGAACAGUUGGUUCAACUUUGACUUGCUCACUUAUUUGGCUUUCGAGGGGGGGGUGUUCUCGUCACGAUGCUGCUCAGAACUGAUUCAUGGAAUCAUUUUAUAUUCACGCUCAAUCAGCAUUUGAGUGAAAGGCGGAGCCACCUACGCCUCUUGGUGUCUGUCACCAGAUAACCUUCCUGCAAUUGCAGCUGCCCACUAAAUGCCAUUUAAAUGACUCCAAGCAUUAUAUGAGGGAGGGAUAGCUGAAAUAGGGUCAGGAAUAUUCCAUUGAUUGUGUGAAGUGAGUGUAAUGAAUAAGUAAUUACAAUGGGAAAGGUAGUGGUGAGUAGUAUAAUUUCAAGCACAAAAGAGGGAGUGAUGAGAGACGCGAGUUUUCGAUUAUGCAUGUUACCUUGAUGGUUUUAUGUUGAUGCGAUUCAGAGUAUUCACCAGUGGUGGAAACACAUCAAGUAGAUGCUGUCAGCACAAGUCACCUCCAUGUGACUGUAAAUGGAUGAACAUAGGCACAAAAAAAUAAACUCCUUGCUAUGGCUCCCAGCCACGCCCCAUUUUUAAUGUUGUUUUAUAGGAAUUACUCUGAAAAUAAUCUCCAUAUAUUGAGUUGAAAAUAAAGAAUGUCACAUUGCUAGCAGUCGAAAUGUUGCUAUGUCCUCAGGAACCUUUAUUCAUACACACAAAAUAUUUAUACCUGAGUUCAAGAGAGGGCAGAUCUUUUCAUUGACAGUGGUGCCUUGAGAUACGAGUUUAACUGUAACAACAUGUGUUAUUCAAAACUAUCAAAUCAUCAUUCUCCACACAGCAAAAAAAAAAACUAUUUUAAUCUAAAAAGGGGGAAUUAAGACUCAGUUGUAUUGAAAUCUUCAAAAGUGUAUAAUUAAAUAAAAUAAAACCAGAAUAUAAAAAGCUUAUACAUCAUUUUUCAAACAUAGUGGAGUGUACAAAUUGGCCACCGGGGGCUGUAUAAUACAUCCAGUCGUGCACAAAUGAAUUGUUUCACAAUUACAAGUGCAACACGAAUGUCGUAAUAAUUUGUUUUCAUUCUCGCAGAGGAUAAAGAAUACAUGCCUGUGAGUAUUUGCAUAUUGUCUAACUGCAUGUGUUACUGCGCUAUUUGUGUUCAUAUAUCCAUUGCUAAAAGCGUAAUAUCACCACCGCAUACAGUCAAGCCUGAAGGGGUAUAAAUAAUUACGGGGAGUAACUCUCUCGAGUCUAUUUGCAACAGGACUAGGCAAACAGUCAAGCACCUCCCCACCCCCCCCCCAA